AUGAUCUCAUGGGCUUCCUCCAGUCGCUGCCUUCUCCUCGGCACACAGGUUCAGAAGGUUUCCACUGCAGCGUGGGGUCUUUGCAUGUGGUGUCGGGCCAUGGAGACCUACGAUCGUGUGGCAAAGGUCGCCGCGCCCAAGAAGGAGAGCCUCGCCGAGACCGAGUCCUCUUACAACGCGAUGAUGGAGAAGUUGAAUGCCAAGCGUGCAGACCUGAAGAAGGUCGUAGAUGAACUGGAUGCCUUGAACCAGAAGCUGAACUCACUCAGGACCGAGCAAGACAACCUGACUGCUGAAGUGGACAAUUGCCAGAAGAAGCUGGAACGAGCAGAGACCCUGAUCACGUCCUUGGGCGGCGAAAAGACACGGUGGACGCAGAACGCCAUCGACCUGGCAGCUGGGAGCCCAGUGGAUGCCAUGGGCCCCGACUUUGUCACGCCGCUGAAGAACCAUGAGGAAGUGACUGUGGCGCUGGCCAAGAUGUUUGCGGCUGCUCCGAAGGACAAGAUCAAAGCGGUCUUCGACGCCACGCCGAGCGUGAAGGAUCUGAACGCGGCCUGGUAUACGCAGAUGCUCAAGGCUGACGCCGACGCUACUUUCGUGGCUUUCAAGGAGCUGGCGGAGGCAGUGAAGGCCGCUCCAGUGACGCAGGUCGCCCCCGUGGCAGCGCCUUCCAUGGAUGGGCGCAUUGGCAUGGCAGCCAAGCAGCUGGCAGAUGCCAGCUACCCGAUGAUCAAGAGCUUGGACUGGGCUGGCACCGGCGUGUUGGACAAGUACGUGACCAAGACUCCAGCCACCAAAGAGUCCAUCGCCGCCUUCCUGGAUGCCGGCCUCGCGAUGGACCCCAAGCUGAUUCAGGGCGCUACGCAAGCACACCUGGAUGCGCUCAAGGAGGUGGACGGCAAGCUGGUGACGUCCCUCAAGGGCCACGAGGAGGUCACAGUCGCGAUUGCGAAGCUCAUCGCUUCUGCCCCGCCUGCCACGAUCAAGAAGGUCUUCGACACCGUUCCCAACAUUCAGGGCUUGAAUGCGGACUGGUUCGCCACCAUGCCAAUGACCGAUGCCAUCAAGUCCUACCAGGCCUUCCUCGAGACAGCCACAGCAGUUGCGGCGGCCAAGCGCUAG